AUGGCUGCAACAAUGGUAGAAACUCCGCCACCUCAGCUGAUCACCAAUAUUGAGUGGGAAAUGAUGGACAAAAGCAAAUUUUUUCCGCUGUACACACUAAGCAGUUUCACAGUGAGAUGCGCACUAUACCCCCUGACAUUAAUAAAAACUCAAAUCCAAGUCCAGCGGAAGAGAGACGCUUACAAGGGUAUUACUGAUGCAUUCACGAAAAUAUACGCCAACGAAGGAGUAUCAGGACUUUACAGAGGAUUCUGGCUGUCUAGUUUUCAGAUAAUCUCUGGCAUAUUUUACAUCUCCACAUACGAGGGCGUGAGACACGAACUUGGCAAAUACGAUGUCAGCCCCAAAAUGAAGUCGUUUAUAGGUGGUGGGUGCGCCUCAAUAGUGGGACAGACAAUCAUCGUACCAUUCGACGUGCUCAGCCAGCAUCUCAUGGUCCUAGGGCUCGUCAAAGGGAAAGGGAUGACAAGAAAUACACAAAUGAACCCGCUGGGCUUGGAUCUGGACAAGCGCAUGACCAAAGCUGCCUUGGCGAGGGAGGUGGCGGUGCGGGUGUACCAGCUGCACGGCCCGCUGGGCUACUACCGCGGCUACGGCGCCAGCCUGGCCGCUUACGUCCCCAACUCCGCCCUCUGGUGGGCGCUCUACACCGCUUACCAAGAUGAACUCCUUAAAAUAGCACCCACGUGGAUGUCUCAUCUUCUCAUCCAGUGCGUGGCGGGUACCUUUGGUGGGUUCACCACCACUAUCCUCACAAACCCACUGGAUAUUGUGCGAGCUAGACUACAGGUUGAAGGUGUGGGCAGUAUGCGUCAAGUAUUCAGGUCCCUCUGGGCGGAGGAGGGCCUCGUGGGACUCUACCUCAAAGGGCUGUCAGCCAGGCUGGUGCAGUCCGCCUGCUUCUCAUUCUCCAUCAUACUGGGGUACGAGACGAUCAAGCGAGUGGCUGUCAGUGCCGAGUAUAGACAAAGAGUGCGCUGGUGA